GUAAAUGAUAAAUAAUUAAAUAGCGACAGCCCGUAUCAGUAACACUCACUCCUAUGUUGUUGCAAGCAUCUAACGUAAUUAUAGCGCAGCGCAGCUCCCUUUCAAGAGCAAAUACAAUUACAAGCUUCGAAUAAACGGCUAAUAAAUGCAGCUUUCAUGCCUGACAAAAAUAUCACGUUUCUUUUGACAUUUUAUCAGAUCCUGGGAUUUGGCUCCCCCUUUCAAAAUGUAUAUAACAUCUACACAAUAGGAACAAAAGCUUCGCUACAAAUAUAUAAAACACUUCAAACGUCGACAGCGGAUAAUGCCCAUCAUUAUACAUUCAUGUGCUCGUUUCGUUUACAGUAUUUAUUUUCAAAUGUAUCGAGGGGGAAAACCCUCUUUUCGCUUGAAAGCUUCCGAAAGCGCGGCUGGGGGCGGUGCGGCGUCGCGGACGAGGCCCGGUCGGUGAUUGGUGGACGCCCCCCCGGCAGGCCCCGCCCUGCUGCAGCUGCGGGCGGCGGCGGGGCCUCGCCGGCAGUCGAGCGGAGACGUCGAGGCAGGUGGACGUGUCGUCACUCGUGAGCCAACCUUCCGAUUCGUAGUAGCGCGGUUGAUUCAUAGUCGCGCUGAGUCAGUGUGGUGCGCGUGCGCAAGUGAUGGUGUAUGAGCCCCGCGACAGUCAGUGACCCCGUGAAGCAGGACUAGUAAUGCACGCGAUGAGCGACCCGGCGGCGCUGAGCAUGCUCCAGUUCGACUCCAUCGGCCUGUACGACCCGCCCAAACAGCGGUUCAUCUUCAAGAUGCCGCGCGUCGUGCCCGACCAGAAGGGCAAGUUCGAGUCGGAUGACCUCUUCAAAAGACUGAGCAGGGAAAGUGAGGUCCGCUACACGGGCUACAGAGACCGCCCCCAGGAGGAGCGCAUGAUGCGCUUCGCCACCGGCUGCCGCGAGGGCCACACGGAGAUCGCCUUCACGGCCACCGGCACCAACCUGCAGCUCGUGUUUGACCACUCGCCUUAUAACAACCGAGGCUGUGAUUUCAAUAAGGAGAACGGGAAGGUGCACAUCGUGUCGCGGUUCAUCAUGAACGGCGUGUGCGUGCGGUGGCGCGGCUGGCUCAACCUGGAGAAGCUGGACGGCGCGGGCUGCCUGGAGCUGGACGAGGAGCGCGCGGCCAGCGAGGACGCGGCGCUGCGCGACCAGAUCGAGCGCUACUCGCAGCGCCUGCGCGACUUCGAGGAGAAGCGCAUGUACCGCGAGCACGGCGACGACAUGCGCGCGCGCUGCCACCCCCCGCGCGCGCCGCACCCCGCGCCCCCGCACCCGCACGCGCACGCGCACGCCGCGCACCCGCUGCACCUCAAGCCGCACUCGCAGGGCGCGCUCAUCUCCUAGAUCUACACCACCGCCGCCUCGCAUGAUGAUUCCUAGACGUGUACCUGUGUAAUGUGGUACGAUAACAGCAUUUAUUACCGCGAUUAUUUUCGCAAAAUUUAUUGAGUGAUUAUGAGGACUGCUCUGUGGUUACAAGUUGACAAGUUCGUAGUUAUGAAGGCUCGCAAGAGUAGCCUCGACAGUCGAAAUCUUUGAGUAGGUCGACUCGAGAGCUGUUAUAGUAGUCGCCUAUCUCAAUAUAAACACUUUCGGGGUAGGAAAGAUGUGCGUUGCUGCUCCAAUAGAGCACCGAUGUUAUGUAUUCCCAUUUUAAUAGAUGUAGGAGUAUCGUACACCGUCUGUAUAAUUAUGUAAUUUACCAAAUAGUUGCCCUAACCAGGAGGCGUAACCUUUGACAUGACAACGUGCAUCAUUAGCCGUUGCAUGAGACCUCUUACCUUAUAAUUGUCGACUGCUUACGAACAAUGUAAAAUUUACUGUUUAAGUACCUACUUAUCUCCACCAAAAAUAGCGAAUAAGGUGUCGUAAUAAUGUACCUAUAUGUUUGAAAAGUUAUAACAUUUACUUUAGUCUUAUAAAAAAUUAUAGCUGCAAUGAUAGAUAUCAUAAGAGAAUGUUAAAAUGUCUACCAAUAUAAUCAGAUAAAUGUAUACUCCCAAGAAGUUUAGUUCGUGAAUACUCGUGAAGACAUACAGGACCAUCUUAGGAAAUAUAGAAAAGUAUUACUUAUAGCAAGAUCUCAACUUAAGCAUAUUAUGUGAUUCGUAAAAUAGCCCUGUAUGCCUUUCUGUAGUCUACAGUGAUUUAAUAAACUAUAUUAUCAAAUCAGUCAAGAACAACAUCUAUCGACCAUCUAGAUUCUAGAAAAUACAUUUAAAAGUCUAAAAUAGCAUCCAUCCUAAGUUAAUUAAUGUUUUCGUUCAUUAUUUUUCCAAAUUCCUAAGUACUCUAUUAGUUAAAUGUUCUUGUUCUAAACUUGUGUUACGUGUUAAUUAAUUUUAAGUUGAUUUUAUAUUACGACAGAAAUCAAACUAUUGUGAUAGAAAUGUAAAUAAAUGUUUAAGCUAACUAAA